CUCCGCGCCGAUUCGGUGCUAAUCACAGUUUGUCGCUUGCUCUUGCGUUAAGUUCGACACCGAGUGGGUUCGAUCCGAGAGUUCUGUUGUCGAGGAAAUUGUAACACCAAUCACAUAACCGAUAUCAAGAUGAAAUUGUUCGUCGUUGUCGCUCUUGCCCUGUUCGCUGUGGCUGCCGCCCAGGACAAAUACACCACCAAGUACGAUGGUGUCGACCUGGACGAGAUCCUCAAGUCGGAUCGUCUGUUCAACAACUACUACAAGUGUCUGAUGGAUCAGGGCCGUUGCACUCCCGAUGGCAAUGAGCUGAAGCGCGUCCUACCCGAUGCCCUCAAGACCGACUGUGCCAAGUGCAGCUCCAAGCAACGGGACGGCACCCAGAAGGUGGUCAACUAUCUGAUCGAUAACCGCCCUUCGCAGUGGAAGAACCUGCAGGCCAAGUACGACCCGCAGAACAUCUACGUCGAGAAGUACCGCACCGACGCCAAGAAGGCUGGCAUCAAGCUGUAAGCGGUGCGAGUGAUCGCCCCUUGGCCACAGCUGGACUGAGACUGAGACGCACCCGAAAAACCUCAACAAAUAACUAAAGCGGAAAAAGUACAUCCUACAUACUAACUAAGAACUGUCAUCCCUCCGUAUCCAGUUUCAAGCACAACUCAAAGUCGAUUUUGGCAACCCGACAACCCAUCUUAACUUAAAAGGCAUUUUAAAAAAAAUAUUUUCCUCUAUCUGUGAUCGAACCUGUGGAAGUGUGUAAGUGUUUUGGGGUUUACCAAAGGGGUGGUGGUAUUGUUACGAAGUAACGGUGGCAUGCCUCAUAAGGUUGCCCGAAUCGGUUUUGAAAUUACUGUUACUGUGAAAACUAUUAUUUUUUUAAGUUUUAAAUAAUAAAAACUCUUGAUAAUA